AUGCAUGAUGCAAAGAAAGACAUGAACAGUCUGCUGGACGAGAUCAAGACGCUUUGCGACGACAAGACCGGAUCAGUGAUCUCAACCAACAUUGUUGAGUGGCUGAGCAAGCAGUGGAAUUUGGACAGUGACAUCCCUGCUGAGGAGGUCGACCUUCUGCUGAACUCGCUAGAGCCUCUUCCGAAGAUUGCGCAAGCCUUGUCAUUGCGAGGAGAGAUUCUGUCCACCUUCCUCAAGGUCGACAAUGGCGCCUAUGGUCAUUUGGUGAUCAUGUUGCAGAAGAUUGUGGACUUUGGUCAGGCUUCCCUCAAGGCAGAAGACAAAGCGCUGAGUCUUGCAUCAUCUUUGUCCUGUGAAUUGCAGGAGCGCUUGAAGAAGGCAGCUAACCUUGGUGGAUCCCUUCCGUCUUGGAUCGAGGCAGUGAAGUCAGCAGCCACACGGUUUCAGGGCAAGAUUCAGGACUGCGGCAUCGCCAAGCUCAAGGGACUACUUGCCGCAGAGAAUGGGGUCUCUGCUGCCAGGGAAUUCCUCUCAACGUUGACUUUUGGGCCGGGUGACAACCUCUACGCAGCCGCAGAGGUGUUGAAGCAACACGAGCUCAUGCAGAAGUCAGUGACCAACCCUCCUGGUGACAUGCCGUCAUUUGUCAAGCAGGUGAGUGGCGUGAUGACCAUUGCCUGCCUUGAUCUUCCCAUGUUGGGAAGCCUUCUCCCAGAUGAGCUUCUUUCUGUCCAGAACUACCUCGACCAUGUCAGUGACGUUUUGGGCACGGAAGUUGAAACAGUCCAGACCUCUCUCACGGACUUGGAGACCUUGAUUAAGAAGUACAGGCCGGUCUUGGAGGCUGUGGAGUUUUGGCAGCCUGACAAGAUGGACUCUGUGGCAUGGAUGUUUGAGGGCAGCACGAACGUCAACAAAGACACCGAGGAAAUCAUCAAGCAGAGAGAGAACUUGGUGUCUAGCAUCACACCUUUGCAAAUGGUCUACCAGGGUAAGCAUGUCGUCAAGCAUUUUGAGAGGCUUGCCAAGCUCAUGACCACCACUCCAGGAGUGGUGAGAAAGCUUCAGGAAGCGACCGAUGCGGCGGGAAAGAUCAUUGCCACUAUGAUGAUCGUUGACAUCGUGCUCAAUGAGACGAAAUACCCAAAAGUGAAUGAGUCCUACCGAAAAGUCUGCAGGUUCAUGGCCAAAAAGUUUGGAUUGAGCCCUCCAGACAUGGCCCCGAUGCUCAAGACAAAGGUGGAUGCGCUUGUUUCCAAAGCAGCGAAAUCUGACAAGACAAAAGCUGACUCCACGAAGCCUGAGGGGUCUAAAUCCCAGAAGAGGAAGGCUGAAGGUGAGGCAAAAGAGCCUGCCAAGAAAGUCCAAAAGAACAAAUCCGCCAAGAAGUAG